UUGUCCUGUAAACAGGUUUGCUGGUCAGUUUGGACCUUUCCUCCUCUGGUCGAAGUUACCCACCGGAACUGCUCUUCUGCUUUUUUUAUUUCUACCUCCAACGACACGUUUGGCCUCUUUUUAGUCCAGACGCCGCCUUCGCAGACGUUUGUGGCUCCGUUCUAAGCGUUUCCGGGAUCUUUCUCCCCCCUCAGCGGUCUUUAAAGGAAGCUAGCUAGCGUUAGCUCCGGGCUAGCAUGACAACCAACAGACCUCGCGUCGGUCCCAGCCUCCUUUGGGGCUUCGCCAGCCGGAGGCCUCUGCUGAUCCCACACAGGUGACGUCUGCCUCCAGCAGCUGGACUUUAAUGCAGCCAACCAGGUUUUUCACUCCUUUAAUCAUCUCAUAUGCAGGGUUUACCAGGUGUGUGGUGCUAGACAAAAGGUCAACCAGUAGAGCCUUACGCCUGGUUUACCCUGGUCCGUCUGCGGCGCGUGGGCAGUUACACCGUCUCGGGUCCGUCCCCCGUGGUUUCUGGACAUGGGGCAACGACAGCAAUAAAAAGAAUCGGGCCCCGUGUCCUCUCCUUCCUUCAUGUUUUGUGUCAUGAGGUUUCUGGACUUCCAAACGUAAACUUUCAGCAUACAUGGAGAAAAUGGAUGACUGAGUUAUCCGGGGUGUUAACCUCUGUUAUCGCGCAGGCAUGUCAGCUUAAAUUGAAAAUACCAUUAUUGUUUUGAAAAUGCAACAGAAGUUGUUUUUUUGAAAGCUGGACCUGUUUUCCAGCUUUUUGUGGUAAAAUCGUUGCGUCGACCGACUGGAAAUAGAUUCUGGACGUCUGAAGGCCCUGCUGUCCUUACAGGUGAAAGAUGGUCAAACCGGUACGGGUCACUCAGGUGACCUGCAGGAAGGUAGACGCUCAGUGAGAGAAAAACUAUCAUUCACAUUUUUCUACGGUCAUGGCGACAGGUAGUAGUGAACACUUGGACAACACGUAAGGGGGAAGUAGGUGAGGCACAGGCGUGUCCUUCUCAUUUUUCAGACCCCCAAAUCCUGCAGACUGAACAAGGAGCCGUCGGCUCUGUUCAUGUGAAACGUGCACGCUCCUCGCUGCAGCCUGACUGUUGAAAGAGAUUAUGGGAUGGGAUUGCUGUUGGGCUGGUUGAACAGAUGCAGAAAUUGGUCUUAAACUCACAGUUUGGCGUUUUUUUCUUCCAUUCUUUCACAGAAAGCUAUUGUUGUUAGAAGCUUUCUCCUUCUAUGAAAAGGGAAAUGAUUCAUUCAUAUUGCAGCAUUGGUUGAAUGUUGCUCUAGUCUGCAGUCUGCACUCCUUUAAUGUGAAAAUGGUCCAAUUAUAUGUUCUAAACACUGAAAGCAAGAACCUUCCUUUCUGCAGAUCUCUGUGAGGUUUGGAGCAGCCGUUCAUCCCCGUGCAGUCAGGAAACACACUAGUGUGUCAUUCUUGCAGUGUGUUAAGUUGGAUGAUUGUCCUGUUUGUGCGACUCACAAACACACUUAUCCCAAUCUGCUGCCAGGCUGUAGGAAAUGUUACAACCCCCACCCUUCAUCAAAACGUCUCCAUGAAGGCUAAUGUGGGAAAUGACUCGAUUACAUUAGUGUUGGUAUUUUGGUUCACCGAGUCUUUCAUCAUUUUACUUUAAAGUAUUUGAAGCUAACAUGAAUAAUGUUUGCUUUUUGCAGACAUGGACACAGAUGUUUAAGGACAUUGAUAUUACUGUUUCCAUGGAACAGUGUGAUUUAAAUGCACUGUUGCAACAGUCAUCAGAGAAGGGUAACCUGAUCUUCAGUCUGCUUCACAGACGUCAUUUCUUUCUGUUUUCAGCAGUCAAAGGGAUUUUCCACAGAGACAUAGAAACAUGAUUCAUCAUUUGAUUGGUAAUGUCUGUGACAGAAAAACUCUUCUUUAAUAUUUCAGCGUUUUCCUAAAGCAGUAUGACGUAAAGCAACUACUUUACAUUUAGUUCAAAUCAGAUAAAAAUACUUGAGUAUAAAAAAUGAUCGCACUUAUAUGAAUUACAGAUGGUAAAAACCUGCAUGAAGAAUUAAAAUAUUGUGGAUCAGUCAUGUGUUCAUGCGUCUGCAUCAUCAGACCACACGCACGCGCACACACACGCACACACACACACACACACACACGAAGAAGCUGGUCGAUCACAGAGCGCUGCAUACAAGUGGGGUUGAUUCAAGUGGACCAGCAGCAGAGUCCACACCAAGGAUUUCUAUCCGUUCCAGACUUUGAGCGAUGUUUACAGAGAGAAAGCUGCAGCUGGAGUCGGUCCUCCGUCAGCCAGCGUGCACAGGACCACUGCCGUCCAGACAUGCAUCCUGCGUCACAAAGAGCUGCUCCAGUUUUACGCCCAUGUCUGACCCAAAGCUCACAGAAUCCAGGGGUUUUUGGGAAGUGGAAGAAAUGUACCCUAACCCUAGGCUCCAAUCUAAUCCAUGCAGAGGAAUCCCAGUAUUCAGACUCAUUUCCAUGUUUUAUUAUCACAGCAGCUGUUUUGGGGUUUCUUAGUUUCUAAAUUUGGGGUGUUUGUGAUUAAAUAUUCAAAUCUUACAAGUUCUUUGAAAUCGGUUAAGCUUUUGGAAUGACAGUUUGAAGGUAUUUUAAUUGAAGCAUCAGUACUUCAGAUGUCGUCUGCAUAAAUAACCUGUGCUUUAAUGCAGUGUUCAUCAGUGCUGCAAAGCUUCACGUUAAUUCCACAAUAUAGCUGCCUAAAACGUUAUGUUUAGUACUGUCAGCUAUAAGCAUGCGUGUUAACAAUAUAUAUAUUUAAACAAUAGUGGAGAUCCUUCUGAACAGCACAAGUUCACCGAUUCUCUACAGAUGAAAGUGUUUCAGCAUCAUCAGAGGAUUUCUGACCCCACUCAGUCUUCAGCUAAAUGGAAGGAUGGAUGUUUCAAAGAAGAUGUGCAACAAUCGGCACGGCCAUGUUUGACUUGUGUUUAUUUCUGCUGCUCUGAUCUCUGUAAAUAAAUCUUUACAAGCAUUGUGUGGUUCAAAUGUUUUUUUCUGUGGAGAAUAUAGUUGAAGGGCUGCUGGGUGUCAUAUGAAAUGACUUCUGUAAUGCUGGUGUGCUUACAUCCGUUUAUUGCUGUAAAUGAAUCCCAUCUGGACUGGAAACGGCCUUCAAAGCUUUUGCUUGGACCCGGUUCUCUGCGCGGUCGGGUGUGACGGUGACCCGGAGCGGGAAAGUGCCGUCCCGCCAUCAGCAUCCGUCCUGGGCUCCUCGCGGUUCUAUCCCCCGCCCUUCCCUCGCACCUCAAGGCCUCGUCUAGCGCGCAUGCGCGCGGAGCUGCGUGGGAAUGGCUGUUCGCGAGCGGGGGUUGGGCCGGUCGCAGCGAGCUGCAUGAGUUUGUAAUGUCCGCCAUGUUGGCCAUGGCGCACUGAACCGGGGAGGAACAGCGGAGCGCAGGAGCGAAAGAGACCGAUAGAGAGCGAGCGAGACCCGGGCCUGCCCGGCUCUGUUCGCGCUGCUACGGACCCGAGCCUGCCUUCCAUCGACUGGAUCUAUAACCGCCACAGAUUUCUCCAUGAGAACUCGAAGCAGACCCCCUGUUACUCCGAGCAGAUCGAAUAGAUUUAUGCUGCAUCUCUUAUAAAAAUGAGCAAAUUGUCGUUUCGGGCGCGGGCGUUGGAUGCUAGUAAGCCCCUGCCCGUCUUCCGCUGCGAGGAUCUGCCGGACCUGCACGAAUAUGCUUCGAUCAACCGGGCGGUUCCGCAGAUGCCGACGGGGAUGGAGAAGGAGGAGGAAUCGGAGCACCAUCUCCAGCGAGCUAUCUCGGCACAGCAGGUCUAUGGCGAGAAGCGGGACAGCAUGGUUAUCCCAGUCCCCGAGGCAGAGUGCAACAUCACGCACUACGAGUCCCUCUACCCCGGGGAGUUCAAAAUGCCAAAGCAGCUUAUUCACCUACAGCCUUUCAGUUUGGACACAGAGCAGCCAGAUUACGACCUGGACUUGGAAGAUGACACGUUUGUGAAUAAGCUGAAGAAGAGGAUGGAGAUCACCCCUCUGCAGUUUGAAGAAAUGAUAGACCGUCUGGAGAAAGGCAGCGGACAGCAGCCUGUCAGUCUUCAGGAAGCAAAACUAUUAUUGAAAGAGGACGAUGAGCUGAUUAAAGAAGUAUUUGACUACUGGAGCCGUAAGAGGAAAACCUGCAAAGGAGGCAGCCUCAUUCCCACCGUCAAGCAAGAGAAAAGAGACGGAUCAAGCACCAGCGACCCUUACGUGGCCUUUCGCCGGCGGACGGAGAAGAUGCAAACCAGAAAGAAUCGCAAGAACGAUGAAGCGUCCUAUGAGAAGAUGUUGAAGCUGCGCAGAGACCUGAGCAGAGCCGUCACCAUCUUGGAGAUGAUCAAAAGGCGGGAGAAGAGCAAAAGGGAACUUCUGCACCUCACCCUGGAAAUUGUAGAAAAGAGGAACAUCUUGCCUGACUUUGGCAGUGAGGUGAUGGCAGAAGCCCUGGCACAGCGGGCUCUGGUGAAGCCCGUCUACACAAUCCCCAUCAUUCCCCAGUCCAUCAGUAACCAGUACCGGCACCAGGACCACUUGGACAUAAGGGACUACAAGAAACCUGACAAGGCCGAGGCGGUACGAACUAAAAGGAAGUAUGAGAAGAAACCCAAGAUCCCUCCAUUGUUGGCCCCUCAACAUUCGGGCUCUUCUGUGUUCAACCCCAAGGACCUAAAUCAGUACGACUUUCCCAGCUCGGAUGAAGAACCCUUUUCUCAGAUCCAUUCAGGUUCUUCUGAGGCAGAGGAGGAGAGCGACCCAGAUGGCUGCUUUGCAUUCAGGAGGAAGGCUGGCUGUCAGUAUUACGCUUCCCGUCAAGACAAGAGCAGCAGCUGGCCCUGGGUCAGCCCGAUGGAGGGCGGGCUAGGAGACCCUCGCUUCCGCUACAGCCUGACCUCCCUCAGCACCCCACGCCGCUGCAUAGGUUUAGCCCGCCGUCGAGUGGGCAGAGGGGGCCGCAUCCUAUUGGACAGAGCCCACGCUGAUGUAGACAUCAUCUGCCAGAGCCUGGACUCCAACCCUCAACCUGAACCACUCACCUCAUCCCCACCAGGCUUUCUGCUCCACGCCUCCAACGCAAGUACCUCAGAAACCAAUACCUCGGACAAUACCAGCUCGUCCCAACGUCCCUCCUCUUCAUCGCCCCGCUCACCAUCGACCCCCAUGGACCUCAGCCAGAUCUUUUUGAACAUUAAAUCUUGCCGCUGGAGACAUUUUAAACCACGGACGCUAUCCCAUCAUCCCUCUGAGGGGGCAGACUUGUCCCAGAAAGGAUUUAGGGAUUUUAAGCGAACUGCUCCAGGACUAACCCGGAGCCUAUGUGGAGGAGCCAACUGUCAGAGCCGCUCUGGUCCUGGCACCGCCCCGAUUAACGUGUUCUCCGCUGAGCAGUACCAGCAGCACCAGGAGCAGCUUGCUCUCAUGCAGAGGCAGCAGAUGGAGCAGAGCCUGCAGCAGACCAACAACGCUGCCCCCACCACCACCACCACCACCUCCACCAUGCAGACCUUGGUGUCCAAGACUCUGGACCAGGCCAGGGCUCAGUUUGCCGCUUCAGCCCUCAUCACCACAGAUCAGCUUCUGUCCUUCAAACCCAAAGAGGAGUUACUGCUGGGGGGCGGAGUCAACGGGAUCCUGGCAGGAGCAGGUGUCUUCAAAGGUCUGCACCUGACCACCGCAGCGCUGCAUCAGACCAGCCAGUCCUCCGCUGCCGCGCCCGCCCCGCUCCAGCCCUCCUCCAACUCGGCUGCCCCCACCCCCACCAACUCCACCCCCAGCGCUCACGCAGCGGCGGCACUGGGACUCCUGGGAUGCAGCGCCGCCGGGGCCACGCCCACCACCACUCAGGUCCUCAUCGGGAACAACCUUUGUCUGAGCGUGCCGUCGGCCGCCAGCCUCUCUGGCCGCCACCUCCCCCGGACUCUGGGCAGCGUGCCGCCUUCUGCCUUAAAGCUGUCCACCAACCUGCAGAUGCCCAAAGUCCCCGGAGCGUCCCCCAUGGACAUGGGCGCCAGGGAGAACCACGAGGAGGAGAAGUCGGCUCUGAACAGUUUAGCAGACAACACAGUGGCCAUGGAGGUGACGUAGCGCGGGGGGGCGCUGUGCAUCGUAGCAUCGGGGGCGCAGAAGGACGGACGGACGGACGGCGAAGGCCGCCAUUCUCAUCUCAGUUUUUAAAGCUUUUGUUACUGCUGACAGUGAAGAGCGGGCGGCGUCCACGAUCUGUACAGUAACCACAUCUUUGUAAUCUAUAUGUGUAAAUAUACGACUUGAAGACAGAAAUGUUCAUUUGUGAUGUUUUGCACUCGGAGUCAAAGGAAACAAGAGGAAGCCAAGUUGACGGGUGGCGAGCGUGAGAGCUGUAUAGAGAAUGUGUGAUCCCGUGCAUGGUGCGGACGGACGGAGCCUGCUGUUUUAUCUAUUUAUUGUGCCGUGUUUACAGCUUUUCUUUGGGUUUCGCUUCGGUUGGCUGCUUUUCAUUUGUACACUGUACCUUUCUCGGUUCUGUGCUGUAGUAAAUGUUCGGUAGCUACGGACUCCUGGGUAUUUUUGUAUGUCGUGAACACAAAGCAGCCCCCCCACCCUCCACCUUUAUUUGGGGUCUCUGUGUGAAAGGAGGCCGGGGGGGCUGCAGGUGGGGGGCGCUGCCACCAAACCAGUAACAAACGGGGAUGAAGUCUCUUCCCAGAAGCCCCUGCUGCUUCUGAUUUAAGCACUAUUUUUGUUAUUUUGAUAAACACGAAUGCUGCUUUUGUAUUUGGUUAGUUUUUUGUUUGUUUUUUGAGGGGGGGGGGGGGGGGGGUCCUUCAUUUUCAUGCAAUCGGGGUCCUCUUUGUUUUAUCCCAGACAGAGUUUUGUAAAAGAAAGUGGGUUAUUUUUGUAUCUUUUUGUUCUUGUGGUAAACUUGAUUGUAAGCUUUUCAUUGGUUCAUUUGGUGAUGAAGGCGGAGAAUCACUGAACAUUUCAUCAUUCCAGGUUCCAGGUGGAAAAAUGCUGAUGACAGCUCUUCUCUCUCUUCUCUCUACUCUUCUUCUUUCUUCUCCUUCUCUCUUUGAAAAAAGAAACUCCAGACGGCUGCAAGGCCAAAAACCACAAGUAUUGGGUGCCUUCCUUUGGGGAAUUGACUGUUCUCUCUUCUGUGAAGAGUUCGACACAAAGGCAGCAUUACUUAGUAGUGCUUCCUGUCUUUGUCAGAAUCUGAAUGCCCAGUCCAAUGGCAGGAUGGAUCCAUGAGGUUUACUUGUCCCACCUGGAGGCUGAAAAGACUAAAAAAAUGUGACAAACUCACUAAAAUAAGACAAUAAAGCCCAGGGCAUUAAAUGUGA